AUGCGGCUGGUGAGACCCCAGCUCUGGGCGGAACUGGCGAGCUCCGGCAGCCAGCCGGCCUCAGAGGCGCUGCCUCUCGCAGAGGCUGACCAUGUGGAGGCCGCCAUCCUCGAAGAAGACGGGGGUCUGGAGAUAGAGGAGCCGAGCGGCCUGGGGCUGCUGGUGGGUGGCUCCGACCCUGACCUCCUCACCUGUGGCCAGUGUCAGAUGAACUUCCCCUUGGGGGACAUCCUGGUUUUUAUAGAGCACAAGAGGAAGCAGUGUGGUGGCAGCUUGGGUGCCUGCUAUGACAAGGGCCUGGACAAGGGCAGCCCGCCGCCCUCCUCACGCUCCGAGCUCAGGAAAGUGUCCGAGCCGGUGGAGAUCGGAAUCCAGGUCACCCCAGACGAAGAUGACCACCUGCUCUCGCCCACGAAAGGCAUCUGCCCCAAGCAGGAGAACAUUGCAG